AUGGUACUUAGAACUAUGUUCCUUUCUAAUUCUUCCUUAAUAACCUCUAAGAUACUGGUUAACAUAAAAAACCCUUCUGCAAUUUUCUCUUCUAUUACUAAAGGUCACAAUGUUUGCUCUUAUUAUUACUUCUUCUCGAGUUCAUCUUCUUCUAACAACAAGAACAGGAGCCUGAUACUCCAAAUUGCUAAUGCCUUUCACAACCAACAAAGCCCCAAACCUUUAAACCCUACUAUUCUCUCUAAAUUACAACUCCACCAUGUACAAGACAUCAUUAUUGCCCUCCAGUCUAAGCCAUUUUCUGCUAUUCGAUUCUUUGAGUGGGCCGAGAACUUUUUCAUUUCACCACUCUCUGCACCGUCAUUCUGUGCCCUCCUCCAUGUCUUGCUUCAAAACCAAUUAUUUAGUCCUGCUGCUUGUGUUUUUGAUAGGUUUAUCAUGCAAUUUGGAAAUGAUUACGACAUUUUGGGUGCCUUUCGUGAUGGUUUUCAUUGUUUGGGUUCGACAAAUCGUAGUGUUGUUUAUGGGUUUUUGAUUGAGAGUUAUUGUCGAAAAGGGAUGUUUGAUAGGUCUAUUGAUAUAUUCUUGCAUGCCUGGGUAAAGGGUAAUUUGGUUUCACCAAACGUGGUGUCCUUGUUGUUGGGUUCUUUGGUUGAUUCACAUUGUAUUGAUGUACUUGUGGAUAAGUAUGGUGAGCUGUGUUCAGCAAUGAAAGAACAGCGUUUUAGUGUUUAUGAAUUUGUAAUGAAUAGGUUUAUGAACAAGGGUGAGGUUGUAAUGGGUUUGAAAUUCCAUAAAGCAUUGACUGAAGCAGGUUUUGGUCUGGAUAUUGUUACUUGCAAUAAAAUUUUAAAAGGUCUUUGCAUGCAAAAUGAGUUGGGAGUGGCAGAUGAUUACUUUAAUAUGGUAGUAAUGUUUGGUCCGACACCAAAUGUUGUGACAUUUAGCACAUUGAUUGAUGCAUACUGCAAAGAGAGAAAGUUGGAUAAAGCAUUUGUGCUCUUUGAUGUUAUGACAGUGAAUGGUGUGGCCCCAGACUUAAUUGUCUAUAGCAUUCUUAUUGAUGGUCUAUUUAAGGCAGGGAGGCUGGAAGAUGGACAUAGGCUCUUGUUGGUAGCAUUAGAUAAGGGUAUCAAGUUGGAUGUUGUUGGUUUCAGCUCAGCCAUGGAUGCAUAUGUGAGAACUGGCAAUUUAGAGAGGGCGAUUCUUAUAUAUAAGAGAAUGUUGAAGGAAGGGGUUUCACCUAAUAUGGUUAGCUACAGCAUUCUUAUAAAGGGGUUUUGUCAGAAUGGUGGGAUCUUAGAAGCUUGUGGACUGUAUGUUCAGAUUCUGAAACAUGGUUUUGAGCUGUCUAUUUUAACUUACUGCACUCUCAUUGAUGGAUUUUGCAAAUCAGGAAAUUUGAGGGAUGGAUUUUAUUUAUACGAGGAAAUGAUGAAGAAAGAAUUUGAGCCUGAUACCAUUGUUUACAGUGUGCUAAUAAAUGGUCUAUGCAAACAAGGGUUGGUGGGUGAUGCACUAAGAUUCUUCUUUCAGGCUGUGAAUAGGGGUUUAAGUCCCAAUGUCAUUACUUUAAACACCUUACUAGACAGCUUCUGUAGAUUGAGAUGCAUAAGGGGUGCUAUGAAGGUGUACAAUUUAUUGGGAAUGUUAAAUAUAAAAGCAGAUGCGGUGACCUACACCAUCCUUAUUAAGGGGGCUGCUCAAAUAGGUAGAGUUGAUGAGGCACUGUUAUUAUUCUUCCAAAUGCUCAAGAAGGAUUUCAAACCAGACAUCGUAACAUAUUGCACUCUAAUUGAUGGACUUUCUAAGCUGAAAAAAUCAUCUGCAGGGUUAUGUUUUUUUGAUGUGAUGUGCAAGAAUGGUGUGGCCCCUGACAUUGCAAUUUAUAAUGUUCUCAUUAAUAUGCAUUCUAGGGAAGGCCGUUUGGAGGCUGCACUUGGACUCUUUGUCCAUGUUGUUGAGAGAGGGCCAAAGCCUGAUAUUAUUACUUUUAACACAAUGCUUUGUUGUUACUGUACUUUCAAAAGGUUAGAUGAUGCAGUUCAGCUUUUUGUGAUGAUGACAAGUGAACAGCUCAGACCCAAUGCCAUUACCUUUACCAUACUGAUCGAUGCAUUUUGUAGAGAAGGUAGAACAGAUGAUGCCAUGUUGAUGUUCUCUAAAAUGUUGGAAGAGGGUCCCGAACCCAAUUUGGUGACAUAUAGUUGUUUGAUUGAUGGUUAUUUCAAAUCGCAAAGUAUGGAAAAUGGCUUUAAGCUCUUUGAUGAGAUGCUUGAAAAGAAUAUUGCUCCAAAUAUAGUCAGUUACAGCAUCCUCAUCGAUGGUCUAUGUAGAAGAGGUCUGAUGAAGGAAGCAUCUUGUGCCUUUCGCUGUGCACUAGACAAACAUUUGUUGCCUGAUGUUAUAGCAUACACAAUUCUGAUCCGUGGAUAUUGCAAGGUUGGGAGAUUAACUGAAGCUAUGAUGUUGUAUGACCAUAUGUUAUUGAAUGGAAUCACUCCAGAUCACUUCCUUGAAAGAACAGUUGAGGAGUAUCAACUUCAAAAAGUUGGAGCAAAAUAUUUGUCUGUUUAA